AUGGCUUCUCGAUCCAAUUCUCCUACCGGCAGUGGCUCGGACAGCCCCUCGCUCAAGGGGGCCGACUCAGGCUAUGCCAGUGGUGACAACAGUGAAUUCGGCCUGCCUGAAGUAUACUUUACCAAACAACAUCUUCGAUUUCUCAACCGCCAGCUUCAAUUCCUUGAGCCUCAGGACAUCCUGAGGUGGUGUAUCACUUCCCUCCCACACCUGUUCCAGACGACUGCCUUUGGGCUCACCGGUCUUGUGACGCUGGAUAUGCUGUCCAAGCUCAAGAUUCCUCGGCCACAAAUGGUGGAUCUCGUCUUCAUGGACACCCUGCACCACUUCACCGAGACACUAGACCUUGUCGACAAGGUUCGAGAAAAGUAUCCGUUGAUCAACGUCCACGUCUACAAGCCCGAUGGAGUUGAGACGGCCCAAGAAUUUGCAGACAAGUAUGGUGAAAAGUUGUGGGAAACGGAUGACGAGAGAUAUGAUUACCUGGCCAAGGUGGAACCUACGCAACGGGCAUACCGGGAACUCAAUGCAUUUGCAGUCUUGACUGGUCGACGGCGCAGUCAAGGAGGUCAACGAGGUGACCUCGACAUCAUCGAGGUUGACGAGGCUGGGUUGAUCAAGGUCAAUCCCAUGGCCAACUGGUCGUUCAAACAAAUCCAAGAAUACGUCAAGGAGAAUGAUGUGCCAUACAAUGCUCUCCUCGAUCGAGGAUACAAAAGUGUUGGGGAUUGGCACUCGACUCAACCUGUCAAGGAAGGUGAAGAUGAACGAGCAGGUCGAUGGAAGGGCCAGCAGAAGACCGAAUGUGGGAUCCACAACCCUCGGUCCAAGUAUGCACAGUUCUUGAUGGAGCAGGAGAAGAAGCGUGAGCGGGAAGCUCUCGAUCAAGCGUUGCAGAAAAUCAACUUGCAGUCAUGA